AUGGGCUCAUCUGCCGUGCAAGAUGGGCUAUUCAAGCCCUAUGAUCAAUUCAUCAUCUUCGGUGACUCCAUCACCGAAAUGUCGAGUAUCCAGGACACUGGGUUCGGGUUAAACGGAGCGUUGCAAGAUGCGUACCGUCGACGACUUGAUGUCAUCAAUCGUGGGUUCAGUGGCUACACAACAGCCCACGCCAUCAAUGUCUUCCCAAAGUUCUUUCCCACACCAGAGAAAGCCACUGUUCGAUUCAUGGCGAUAUUCUUCGGCGCCAAUGACGCCUGUGUCCCCGGCACCACGCAGCACGUCCCCUUGGAGGAAUACAAGCAGAACCUGAAAAGUAUCAUCCAGCACGAGGCAACAAUUGCCCAGAAAACCAAGAUUCUAAUCCUUACUCCAACACCUGUGAACGAGUAUCAGCUGCAAGGUUUCGACGAGGGUAAAGGAAAUGCCCAUCCGAGCCGAACCGCCAGUUUUACGAAAACGUAUGCGGACGCGGCUCGCGAAGUCGCGACCUCGACUGGGGCGGUGGUUGCCGAUGUUUGGACGGCGUUUGUUUCUGUUGCGGGAUGGAAGGAAGGUCAGCCGCUGCCUGGAUCAAGGGACUUGCCUGAAAUUGAGGCCUUUAAAGCACUCUUUACGGAUGGACUACAUUUGACUGCGGAAGGGUAUCGCGUGGUCUAUGAUGUUAUUAUGAAGACCAUUAGGGAGAACUGGCCGGACCAAGACCCCGAGCAGCUUCCCCUGAUUCAUCCCGGAUGGAUGGAGGCCCCGAAAUGA